UAAUUUGGUGUGUAGUCUGUUGAAAGCCCUAACCCGUCGAGCUUUCUUCCAUAUCCAUCCCAUCCUUUGUCCAUCAGAGCAGUGUUCUUGAAUUCUCAAAUUGCAGGAGAAAUGGGAAGAGAGAUGAGCAAUUCGACAACGAAUCAGACGCAGCAGUCGGCCAUGUCGCACACGGUGGAACAGCUUGUCGCCGUCAAUCCCUACAACCCCGACAUCCUCCCCGAUCUUGAAAACUACGUCAACGAACAAGUCUCGUCGCAAACGUAUAGUUUGAAUGCAAAUCUUUGCCUUCUGCGUCUCUACCAGUUUGAACCAGAGAGAAUGAGUACUCAGAUUGUAGCUCGCAUUUUGAUCAAGGCUCUGAUGGCAAUGCCAGCCCCUGACUUCAGCCUGUGCCUCUUCCUAAUUCCUGAAAGAGUGCAAAUGGAGGAACAAUUCAAGACUCUCAUUGUUCUCUCGCACUACCUGGAGACUGCCAGAUUCCGUCAGUUUUGGGAUGAAGCUGCCAAAAGCCGUCACAUAUUAGAGGUCGUACCAGGUUUUGAGCAAGCAAUUCAAGCAUAUGCAAUUCACGUUCUUUCGCUAACUUACCAAAAAGUUCCACGGUCCAUUCUCGCUGAGUCCAUCAACAUUGAAGGUCUAUCUCUAGACAAGGUUAUUGAGCACCAUGUUGCUAACUCUGGUUGGGCUAUAGAGAAGAAUCAGAACAAUGGCCAACUCAUCAUCCUGCCCUGCAAUGAAUUUAACCAUCCUGAACUUAAGAAAAGUACUGCAGAUGGUAUCCCAUUGGAGCAUAUUACCCGAAUUCUCCCAAUUCUUGGCUGACUUGUUUUAUGGAGAUUCAAACUCCAGCUGCAGAGAUUCAGCAAAUCAUGGAAUUGAAUUACAUUUUUAUCUCAUGAUGGAGUGCAUGUUCAGAUUCUCAUUGUCAAGAGUGUAAACUUCAUGCUAGAAAUUUUGAUCUGGAAAUGCAGUGUUUUGUCAGGCUGCAGCCUUUCAGAGCUGUUUUGGUUGUAGCAACAUUUAUGAAGUCCUCUGAAUUGGAUGCAAAAGCCUUUUAUUCUCACUUGUGUUUGUACUAGUGGAUGCACAAUUAGAAUUGCCAAAGAGAAAUUGCAGGAUUUACAAAUUAUUAUAUGCUGAUUUAUGUAUUGGUA